AUGGAUUGGGGGAUUUAUGGUGAUGGGGGUUGGGGUGGAUUUGUGGGGAUAGUAUGGAGUUUGGGGGAUGUAUUUUAUUUUGAUGGGGGGUGGGGGGGGGGGGAAAAUUGGAUUUGGGGUGGUGGUGUUGGGGGUUGUGGAUGGAGUAGUGUAAGUUGGUUGGAUGUAUUGAUGGGUUUGGGGGGGGGGGGUUGUUGGGGGGGGUUAGAUUGGGAGGGGGAAGGGGGAAGUGUAGUGAGGUUGGGUGGGGUUGAGAAGGGAGUUGGGAUGGGGGGGGGGGGGGGGGGGGGGGGGGGGGGGGGGGGGAGAGGGAUAGUGGGUGGGGGGGUUUGGGGGGGGGGGGGGGGGGGUUGGGGGGUUUGGGGGUUGGGGGGGGUGGGAGGGGGGGUGGGUUGGGGGGGUGGGGGGGGGGUGAGGGGGGGGGGGGGGGUGGGGUUGGGGUUGUUUUUAUGUUGGAAUAAUGAAGGAGGGAGGGAAGGGGGAGGGGAAAGAUUGGGGGGGGGGGGAUGGGGGGUAUUGGGGUGGGAAGGGGGGGGGUUUGGAAAGGAUGAUGAAAGAGUGGUGGGGGGGGGGUUUGGGGGGGGGGUUGGGGGUGGGGGGGGGGGGUAUGGGUUGGGGGUGGGGAUUGAGGUAGGAUAUAGGUUUUGGAGUGGGGGGUGGGGGGUGGGGUUGGGAGGGGGGGGGUUUGGGGGGGGGAUUGGGGAAGGGGUGUGGGUGAGAAAAAGAAUUAUGUUUAUUUUUGGGGGGUGUGGUUUUUGGUUGUGGGUGUUGGGGGGUGGGUGGAGGGGGGGUUUUAUGGGGAGGGGGGGUUGGGGGGGGGGGAGGAGUUUUGAUUGGGGGGGGGUGGGAGGGGUGGUGGGGGGGGGUUAUUGGGUUGAUAAGUGGGGGGAUAGGGGGUGGGGUGGGGGUUGGGGUGGGUGGUUGGUGGGUGUUGGGAGUUUAGAGUAUGGUAGUUGGGGAGAAGGUGGGGAGAGUGGGAUGGGGGGGUGGGGUUUAGGAAUUUUUGUUGAUAGGGGGGGGGGUGGGAGAGGAGUGUUUGGGGGUUGUGGUGGGGUGGGGGGGGUGAAAAGAGUUGGAAGGAGGGGGUGGGGUAGUUAA